GAUAAAAAUGACGGUGACAGCAUGGUACAUUGACGCCGGGGCAUGGGCGCCGACGCCGGACGUCUGGAGCACCCUCUUGGCCUACCUCCUCCCGGUCGAGCGAGAGAAGGUGCAGCGUUUUCGCUUUGCAAAGGACCAGAAAUUCGCACUCCUGAGCCGGCUGCUCCAGCGCCACCUCGUCCACACCGCGUUCGGGACGCCGUUCGAUGCCAUCCACCUCGAUCGCACGCCGCAUGGCAAACCCUCUUGGCCGGACUGUCCGAGCCCCACCUGGAACUACAACGUCUCGCACCAAGAAAGGUUGGUCGCGAUCGCGUCAGCCGACAGCGUGCGUAUCGGCGUCGACGUCGUGUGCGUCACGGACAAGCCGUCGCACGUCACGACCGAGAGCUUCUUGGCCACGUUUGCCGCGUUCUUCGGGCCGCGCGAGUGGGCGCAGAUCCACGCGUCACCCGACCCGCUCCGUCGCUUCUUUCAUCUAUGGAGUCUCAAAGAGGCGUACGUCAAGGCGCUCGGCGUCGGCGUCGGCUUUGACCUCUUGCGCGUGCAGUUUGACUGCACCGACGUGGACGCUAGUCCGACGCUGUACGUGGACGGCGUGGCGUCGCGCACGUGGCAAUUUCAUACGACGCCCCUCCUCGACGCGACCCACCUCGCAUCGAUCGCUCUCGAGCUGCCCGCCGACCAACCGAGGGUGUCCGUUGCAUGGCAGCAGCUGCCCAUAUCGGCUCUCCUUCGAUCCACGUAGUGCCAUUCCGGUCGCAGCCGUAAUCCUCGUAGCAUAGCUCCAGGCAUGGCUCUGUUGUUGGCAUUGAUACCCAAGUGAUGCAACCAUACACCGAUAGGCUAUCACAAGGCUACCAAAAGGCCACCAAACAGCCAAAAGGCCACCAAAAUCUCUAGC